AAAAUAAUUAUGUUGGUUAAGGUCGAAAAACUCUUGGACGGCUUACGUUCGAUUUCUGAUGAAAAAUUUACCUGCGAUAAUGUUUAUCAAUUUUUGAGUGAAAAUCCGGUUGACGUAGAUUCAAUCUCGAAAUAUUUUUUCUGGAGUGAAAAUUUCUACACGCGCAAUUUGAUUUAUAAAGGUGAGCGUUUUGAAGUGAUGGCAAUUUGCUGGGAGAAAGGACAAGUUUCGCGCAUUCAUAAUCAUUGGGAUCAAAAAUGUUGGAUGAUGGUCACGACCGGAAAACUUCGC